CAUAGCAACAGUGAGCUCACCCAAGCCUGAGUAUUUCAUUGAUUAUCUGUUUUCUCCUUCCCUUUUUUUAAUCUCUUCUCUUUCCAUUUGACCACAUUUUAGGGAGCCAAAUAGUUUAUAGAAGCUGGUUUAUGUAGAUUUCCAAUUCACAAAUAGAGGAGGGGAGAAAACCUGCCCUUCCUUUGAAAAUUGAAUGUGUCACCAUGUAUUUAAAAGGCGAUUCUGGAUUCGGAGGGUGGAUGACCAUCCCAGCUGUAGCUGAUGUUCUCAGAUAUUCUUGCAUUGUUUGCUGGUCUUCUAGGGAAAAGAACAAUGUGGGGCAGGAUCUCAAGGAGAAGGAAGAGCAUAUCAGACAGAGGACCAGUGAGGUGCAGGACCUUCAAGAUGAAGUCAAGAGGGAGAGCUCCAAUCUGCAAAAGCUGCAGGCCCAGAAACAGGAAGUGCAGGAGAUCCUGGACGGGCUCGACGAGCAGAAGGCCACAUUGGAGGAGCAGCUGAAUGAUGUCAGGCAGCAGUGCGCCCGGGAGGCCCGACUGAUUUCCUCUCUGAAAGCUGAGUUAACAAGCCAGGAAUCUCAGAUCUCCACUUACGAAGAGGAGCUGACCAAGGCCCGAGAGGAGCUGAGUCGCCUGCAGCGUGAGACGGCAGAGCUGGAGGAGAGCGUGGAGGCGGGCAGGGCCCAGCUGGGCCCCCUGCAACAGCAUCUGCAGGAAUCCCAGCAGGAAGUCACCUCAAUGCAGGUCAGGCUGACUGAGAUGAAGGAGCUAGACAACCCCAGCAGUCAGGAGAGUUGGCUGAGGAGCCCCCAAGGCAGCCUGGUCAAUGGCACUACCGACUACUGCAGCCUGAGCAACAGCAGCAGCGAGGCGGCCAACCUCCAUGAGCACUUGGACACCCCAAGCACCCUGGAGACUGAGCCAGUGGUCCAGGAGUCUCCGGUCAGAAGCAGUCCCGAAGUUCCUUCCUCUGAGGUAGCUGAUGAGAAGGAAGUGGUAACUCCUGCAGUACCUGAAAAGGAAAAUUUCUUUAAUUUAGACUCAAGCUCCCAGCCUGACACUUCUGUAGAACCGAACCUGGAUUUCUUCCAGUCAGACCCUUUCGUUGGGCGAGACCCUUUCAAGGAUGAUCCUUUUGGGAAAAUAGAUCCAUUUGGAGGUGACCCUUUCAAAGGCUCGGACCCAUUUGCAGCCGACUGUUUCUUUAAGCCAUCUGUGACCGAUCUGUUUGCUUCCUCGGACCUUGACCCCUUCUCUGCAGCCAGCAGCGGCAGCGACCCCUCGAUAGAGACUCUGAAGGACAACGACCCUUUUGCCCCUGGUGGAACAGUGGUUGCUGCAGCAAGUGAUCCAGCUGUGGAUCCCUUCACCUCCGUGUUUGGAAGUGACUCCUGUGAAGUUGGAUUCGCCGACUUCAGCACCCUGACCCAGGACAACAACGAGGACCCGUUGGUCCCAGCCACAUCUGGCUUUGGCGAUAACGUGGCUGUGACUCAGAAUGUGUUUGAGGAGCCCCUUGCAGGCAGAGAUGAAGAUGUGCCCCCCGCUCUGCCUCCCAAAACCGGGACACCGACGCGGCCCUGCCCUCCCCCCCCAGGGAAAAGACCUCCCAGCCAAUUGGACUCAUCCGAUUCCUUAAAACUGAAUGACCCAUUUCAGCCUAUGGCAGGCAGUGAUAGUCCCACAGAGAAAGCUCUCGAUCUGUACCGUGGCCCGCACUCCACUGCUCCCGCCGCCACUGCCCAUAACGAGGCUGCCCCCAGCUGUGGUGCUAACGUCAGUGCUUACCCAACUGAAGAAGAUAUGAUUGAAUGGGCCAAGAGGGAGAGUGAGAGGGAGGAGAAAGAGAGACUUGCCAGGCUCAACCAGCAGGAGCAAGAAGACUUGGAACUGGCUAUUGCGCUGAGUAAAUCGGAGAUAUCAGAAGCGUGAAGGGCGAGGAUGACGCUCCCAACAGCAUCCCUCUUCCUGAACACUAAAGCUUAGGGGAAAUGAUUAUUGGAAGCUGCCUGUGAGCAUGAGAAUGACUAUCAGAGGUCUUAGAUGCCUGUAGGCAGGGCCCAGCUCUUCUUGUCACAUGUCAGCCGUAACCCAAAUCUGGCAGCCCUGGCCUGGGAGAUGAGCCACCCUUUUGGCCUCCAGCCUUUAUCCUCAGCAAAGCCAGGCGCUCCUUGGCCCCGUGGUCUGAAGGAGGUGGGCUGGGGUGCCUCCUGUUCUUUGAGGACCAGCCUGGUCCUGCUGCACAUUGUGGGAUACGCAAGGUGAACUUGCAUGUUUCCAUUUCCUCCUUCUAAAAGUAAUGGCCAAAUUUGAUUUUCUUCUGGACCAGGGGAAAGUCUUGCUUAGCUGGGCUCCUACCCUGGACGAGGGGUGGCUGGUAGCCAAGGGGCAUGGCUUCAGAUUGGCUCUGAUCCAAAAUGCUUAUGUGGGAAAUAGGUCAAAAUCCCUGCUGAAAAUCAGCAGCGACCUCCCUCUCCACGUUUGUGACAACAAACCACAGGUGGUGGAGCGAGUCCAUUGUUAGCCCUUCCUGCCGAGAGCAGAAUCUUGAAUUAACAUGGUGAGAAUUCUCCCCUUCCUGGGACACACACUAUUGGCUCUGGUUCAUCACAGGUUUUCAAAAUCUCACAUACCUUUGACCAGAAGGAGCCUGAGCAAGCUGGGGCUAUUAAGAGCCUUUAUUCUCUACGUACAAAUGUUUUCUUUAAUGAAGGUUCCACUUGACAUGGAGUACAAGUGGGCAAAGGCAAUCUAUCUCAUUAAAACCUUGUUGAGGCUUGGAGGGCGUUCGGUUAGCUCUUCUUUCCUCUGAUCAUUUCCCUGAGAAAAGCUGGUGAUGCCAUCAAGGCUUGUCUGCAACUCAGCUGGCCACAAGGACCCAGCUCUUACUGAUGGGGAGCCCCUCUCCUAUGUGAAGCAUCUCCCCUGGCCCAUCCCAGGUGACAUCGAUUCUCCCCUAGAGCACUCUGUAGACUCCAACAGAAAGAUAGAAUAACUUUUGGCUUUUUUUUUUUAACAACUUAUUAACUGUUCAUGUCACAUAUUGAAGGCCAAGAUACAAAAAUGGCAACUCAGACCCAAGUUAAAGUUCCCGAUGGCCCCCAGCUCGAAGUCACAUUGACAUGUGUUCAUGAAAGUGACUCACUGCCCACCUGUGUGCUUCAUCCACUUGUUAAAAGACCUGCUUAGCUUAAUUUUUGAGCUGCCUCACUCCCCUGUGAUUCCCCUAGCCCCAACACAAUUGGAUUCUAGUGAGGGCAGACUUGUUAAAUCACUUGCCGCCCUACCUGCUUUGUAAAUAGCAUUGUUUCCAGAUCACAUCUUACAGCUGAAAUGAGAACCACUGGCCCCUAAAGUUCUGAGCUCCCCACAGAGGCAGCCCCUGAUGGACACUGCCCCUGGGGUUGUUAAGGUCAGUGGUGAUCAGCCCCCUUCCACCUCACCCUCCACCCGCCCCCCCCCCUUUGUUAUUUCAGGAAAACAGGUAAGUUGACUUGAACAACCUUCUUUUGCACUGGGAAAAUGAGCAGUGUUAACAGCUGCUCAACCAAUAGGAACCUUUGGCAAGUAUUAAAUCCCUCUCGUGUGUCUAUACCAACUUUGAUGUCAUCAGUGUACACUAAUCUGACAGAUGUUUAACUGGACUACAUCAGUUCUGAUCUUUUGUUUUAAAAUGUACACUCAGUGGACCAAUAUGCUAUUAAAAGUGUAUAUAUUCUCUA